CUUACAUAACAACAGAUCACCUAUGAAUCCACGAUGAGGAAGAGCACAGGAGGGGGUUCUCUCAAAUCAUAGGCUGUGGCACUAAUUACAGACACAGAGGAGCUGUCUGCUAAACUGCAUAGUUUUCUAUCUCCGUCCUGUGAUUAGUCCUGAUGGCACUGGGAAGAAAGCAGUGCAGUCUGAGAUGGGUGUUAUCAUGGGCUGAGAUCUUUAUAUAGAGAGGACCUCUUAGUAUGAGGAUUCUGAGAAGCUAGAACACUUCAUGUUCAGCGAUAGCAUCUUUGUCAUGUAUGAUCACUAUGAUCUUAGUCUGACGUAUGCCAGGUAGUCUUGUUCUGGGCUGUCCAGAAGAUCCAUGUAAGGCAGAGCACUGCACAGGUAAAAAGAAACAAGGCUGUCCAUUGCAAGAACCAUGUGUGUGCGCGGUGUGGGGCUAGCGUUGCGCCUCCUAUUGUGUGCGGUGAUCAUUACACCUGGAAUUACAGGAAUUUGCCCGCAUGAAGACCCCGAGUUACAGCCCUGGAGCCCGGAGCACAAUGAAGAAAAUCGUGUGACCAUUGACGUGAGCAAAAAGUUCCUCCUUACGUCGUCUGUAACUGUACACUCCAUACAUAUCACUAACGGGGGUAAACUUGUCAUUAAACCCAGCAAUAAAGAAAUCAUCCUUCGCACAAGACAUAUAUUGAUUGACGAUGGAGCAGAGCUACAUAUAGGGAGCAAGGACUGUCCAUUUCAGGGAUACCUCACCAUCGUCCUCUAUGGAAGGUCAGAUGAUCCUGAGUCUCCCCAUGAUUACUUUGGCCAUAAAUAUAUUGGAGUAGCUAGAGGAGGAACCCUUGAGAUACAUGGAGAGAAAAAGAUGUCCUGGACCUUUCUGAACAAAACCUUACAUCCUGGUGGCAUGAGUGAGGGGGGAUACUUUUUUGAAAAGAGUUGGGGACACCGCGGGAUCAUUGUUCAUGCUAUUGACCCCAAAACAGGAGAGGUUAUUCAUGCAGACAGGUUUGAUACAUAUAAAUCUAAAGGUGAGAGCUCCCGACUGGCUAACUAUAUUAAGUCGGUCAGAGAUGGGACAAUAUUGUCAGUGGCUGUAAAUGAUGAGGGAUCCAGACACCUGGAUGAUGCUGCAAAGAAGGUGAUGACCAAACUUGGGAGCAAACACUUCCUACACCUGGGAUUCCGACACCCCUGGAGUUUUAUCACUGUGAAAGGUGAUCCAUCCAGCUCUGUGGAAGACCACGUGGAAUACCAAGGAAACAGAGGGUCCGCAGUGGCUCGAGUACAUAAACUUUUCCAAGCCGAAAAUGGAGAACGUUUUAACGUGUCUUUGGGCAGUGAGUGGGUUCAGGAUGUGGAGUGGACGGAGUGGUUUGACAAGUAUGAAAGCAACCGGUACAGAGAGUGGGAAAAGCUAUCGGAAUUCAAGGCCAUGUAUCCUGGCAAAAUCUGCACACAUCCAGUCGACCUCCAGGUUACUACAGUUAAUGGAACUAAAAUACAAACACAAGUCUUCUACAAAGGGGGCCACGAUUACAGGUUUGCAUGCCAUCAGAAUGACCAGAUCCAUGCAAGAUGCCCAAACUACAAAGUCCGCUUCCUAUGUGGAAAGUCAGUGAGGCCCAGACUGACAAUGAAAGUAGACACCAAUGUGAACAGCACCAUCCUGCAUCUGGCAGACAAUGCCCGUUCCUGGAGAGCCGGAGAUACCCUUGUGGUGGCCAGUACAGACUACUCCAUGUAUCAAGCAGAAGAAUUCACAGUACUGCCCUGCAGGACCUGCACUGCCAAUCAGAUCAAGGUGGAAGGUAGAGCGAAAUAUCUCCACGUUGGAGAAGAGAUGGACGGAGUGGAUAUGAGAGCGGAAGUGGGUCUUCUCAGUAGGAAUAUUGUCAUUUAUGGAGAAAUGGAGGACAGUUGUUACAACAGCGCUGUGUGUAAAUAUUUUGAUUUCGAUACUUUUGGAGGCCAUAUCAAGAUUAGUCAAGGCUUCAAGGCAGUUCAUAUGGAAGGAGCAGAGCUGAAGCACAUGGGGCAGCAGACAAUGGGGCAUUAUCCCAUUCAUUUCCACACAGCUGGUGAUGUGGAUGAAAAAGGAGGAUAUUACCCCCCCACCUAUGUGAAAGACAUCUCCAUUCAUCAUGCAUUUUCUCGCUGUGUUACAGUCCAUGCCUCCAAUGGUUUGCUGGUAAAGGAUAUUGUUGGUUAUGACACCCUUGGUCAUUGCUUUUUCACGGAAGAUGGUCCUGAGGAGCGCAACACAUUUGACCACUGUCUGGGACUUCUUAUCAAAGCAGGGACGUUGCUACCUUCUGACAGGGACAAUAAAAUGUGCAAGACAAUCACUGACGGCUCCUAUCCAGGAUACAUAGCAAAACCCAGACAGGACUGCAAUGCUGUUUCCACUUUCUGGAUAGCCAAUCCCAACAACAACCUCAUCAACUGCUCAGCUGCAGGCUCUGAAGAAACUGGAUUUUGGUUCAUAUUUCACCAUGUACCUACCGGACCCUCAGAGGGACUGUAUGCACCAGGACGUACUGAACUCACACCCCUUGGAAAAUUCCUCAAUAACCGUGCGCACUCCAACUACAGGGCUGGAAUGAUGAUCGACAAUGGAGUCAAAACCACUGAAGCCAGUGAUAAAGAUAAGAGACCAAUUCUUACACUGAUCGGAGCACGGUAUGGGCCACAUCAGGAUGCUGAUCCAUUAAAACCGAGAGUACCUGCAAUAAUAGAGCAUUUUAUUGCUUACAAGAACCAGGACCAUGGAGCCUGGCUGCGGGGAGGAGACGUGUGGUUGGAUAGCUGCCAAUUUUCUGAUAAUGGCAUUGGCUUAACUCUGGCCAGUGGCGGAACUUUCCCUGAUGAUGAUGGUUCCAAGCAAGAAAUUAGAAACAGCAUAUUUGUUGGGGAAAGCAACAAUGUGGGGACAGAAAUGGAUGACAACCUUGUUUGGGGUCCCGGAGGGCUUGAUCACAAUGGGAGGACACUCCCGAGAGGACUGAAUUUCCCAAUCCGUGGCAUACAGAUCUACGAUGGACCAAUCAACGUAGAGAACUGCACGUUUCGCAAAUUUGUCUCCCUGGAUGGCCGCCACACUAGCGCAAUUGGAUUCCGUCUGAAUAACUCCUGGCAGAGCUGUCCAAACAACAAUAUGACUAAAAUCAGAUUUGAGGAUGUACCAAUCUCCUCACGGAUUUUCUUUGGUGAACCAGGACCAUGGUUUAACCAAAUGGACAUGGAUGGCGACAAGACCACUGUUUUUCAUGAUAUUGAUGGCUCAGUGUCAGAAUAUCCGGGAGCUUUCUUAGUGAAGGAAGACAACUGGUUGUUGAGACAUCCUGACUGCUUAGAUGUGCCAGACUGGAAGGGAGCGAUUUGCAGUGGGAAAUACGCACAGAUCUAUAUCCAGGCACGAAGACCUGCUAAUGCGGGGAUGACAAUUAUUAAAGACGAGUACCCAGAACACCCAUUGUUUUUAGAAGGAGCAUUGGGAAAAAGCAAUCAUUAUCAACAAUACCAGCCAGUAAUCACCCUGCAAAAAAGUUACACCGUGCAUUGGGAUAAGACCGCCCCUGAGGAGCUGACUGUCUGGCUUAUUAACUUCCAAAGGAACGACUGGAUUCAAAUAGGAUUUUGUUAUCCUAAAGGGACAACAUUUUCCAUCCUCUCAGACAUUCACAAUCGGCUCACGAAGCAAACAUACAAGACGGGAACCUUUGUACGGACCUUCCAAAUGGACAAAGUGCACCAGGCUCACCAUAGCAGAGGCUAUUAUUUCUGGGAUGAGGAAUAUGGACUGCUGUUUAUAAUGCUGAAAGCACAGAAUAACAAGGAGAAGUUUGCAUUUUGCUCUGUGAAAGGCUGCGAGAGAAUAAAGAUCAAAGCUGACAUUCCAAAAGGUUCUGGUGUCAGUGACUGUAAGGCUAUGGCCUACCCCAGAUAUUCCCAACUACCAAUAGUGGAUGUGCCGCUGCCAAAAAAGCUUAAUGGGAAUGAUCUGAAGACAACAAAGGAUCACUUACUGGAGAUCAAAGUUCAUUCUUACAACACCAGAUACUUCCAUCUAAAGGAUGACUUUGCCUACAUUGAGGUGGAUAAUAAAAAGUUUUUCAUGCCAGACGAUGGGAUACAAGUGGUUGUGAUUGAUGGCAGUCAGGGAAAAGUUGUGGACAGUGCUAGUUUCAAAACUGCCAUUCUACAAGGAAUCCCAGCUCAGCUGGAUAACUAUGUGACAAACAUAAAAGACAACUCUAUUGUGGUCAUUGUAUCAAAGGGAAGACUGUACAACAAAGGGCCGUGGGUCAAAGUCCUGGGAAAACUUGGAGCUGAAGAAGAUCUAAAACUGAAAGAUAAACUAGCUUUUGUUGGAUAUAAAGGACACUUCAAACCUAUUUGGACCAAGCUGGUUACUAAUGCUGAAGUAGCAAAAAUCUACCAAGUAGUUCCCUUUCCUGUGGAGAGAAAAAUGAAAUUAUGAAGCUGAGUUGAUGAUGAGGUUUUACCACUGUUAUCACUGCCAGGACUGGGAGGACUGCAGACACUGACACAAGUCAGAACGCACAACCUUUCCUCCCAUUGAAUCUUAGUAGACUGUGCUUGUGCUGUACACAUUGUAGCAGGUUAUUACAGAGACAGUCACCCCAGGCUUCUCAUGUUCAUCGUGCCAAGCUCCUAUAUGCUCGGCGCCCCCUGCUGCCCUAAUGUUGGUGGAAACUUGGCAUGCAAUAUGCUUUCCACAAAACAACACUUUGAUUCUGUGGCGGGAUCAUAUUUUUCCUAGAUAAUGGGUUUUAACUCACUGCCAACAAAAGGUUGUUUUUUUUAUUUGCACGUUAUUCCUUUUAGUAACUGCUGUUUUGUGGUGAUAAUGUUAUUGAGGUUUAGAUUGAUUGUUUGCAUCAAACAGGUUUGCCAAAAUACUCAAUUGUUAUAUAUUUUAUUUGUAACACCUCAAUUUUUUUUAUUCCACUGAUCAUAAUCUUCUGCCAAUAGAAAUACAUAGCUUUUGGGUUAGAUGCCAGCACGGGUUUUCACUUUGGUAACUACACACUUGUGUUUAUAGAGUUUAAAACCUAAGUAACAAGAUGGGGGACCAAAGUCUCACACGGCAUAUAUCAGGAAAAUCCUGUGCUGCCAAUAUAGUCCAUUGAAAUAAAUAGAAGCUGUCAGAUAUAACAUGCACCAGAUGAUACAAGGAAUUCACGUCUGUGUAACAUGCAUGAACGGCGUAGCUCAAACAAGCCAAACAGAGUUUUAGCCAAAAUGUUAUCCUGUUAAGUUUAACAUUUAGAUUUUGCCUUUAGCAAUGUAAAAGUGAAUCCGUAUGUAAAGCAUAUACUGUGCAGGCUUCAUAGUGUACCCUAUAUUUUCUAUAGGCAUAUUACAUUAAAAUUGGCAAUAUGGUCAUUUUAAUCAGGGUGUUUUACAUUGUGUCUAGUUGCUGGUGUUCUUUUUGUCAUACUGGUUCAAGUAUUAUUUUAUAUAGUUUUAGUCAAUGAGUGCAGUAUACCACAUUUGCUUUUGUUGUCUAAUUGCUGAUUAACUAAUGUUGCAAAAGCAGGCUGUUGAUAACCAUAAACUAUAAAGGAUUGUAUAUUUUAAACCAGUUGUGCUGAAAAUUCUUUUAGAAGGCUCAACAUGCCAUUGUUCUAGGACCAUGGGUGCCAAGAGGGAGGGCAGGCCUGACCGGGAGGCAUAACCAUGCCCCCAGGGUAGCGUGAUCACACCCCUUCAACUAUCUACUAAACAUCCAUCCUAAUAUAUUAUACACUAUUCUUGUUGGCAUACUGUACUUGCUAAAAGCACAUUGACUAGUUCCUCUGACACAUAAGGGACAAUGGCAUUCUAUAUGUCUUUGCUUUGCACUAUUAGGUGGUUACCGUUCCUAUUUUAAAACCACUUGAAAUCAGCCUCUGGAGUAGUUUUAGAAAAGGUUGACGUGGACACAUUAAUUUGCCCAAACAAGCUUUGCUAGUGGGAUUUACAGACAAGCCACAGUAUACAAGGAACAGUGCCAAUGUUCUAUUUUCUGGUACUGAAUCUUAGUAUUUUAAAAUAACAAUCCUCUGUUGUCUCUUUUCUCUUCAGUUACCGAAAUAGCUGGUCCUUUUUCGGAAAUAGAUGUAAAAGUACUGUAAAAUGUUUUUGUAUGUACACAAUAUUUCUUAUAGACUUCACGGAAACACAAAAAAGUGAAAAAAUAUAUAUUUUGUAUUUAUUUAUUAAUUCAUUCAUUCAGUCAGUCAGUCCGUCAUUCAUUCAUCUGAUUGCCAGGUAAUGGACGACUUGAGGUGUCAUUAUCCUGUAGAUGUAAAGGAUUUAGUAUAAAUGGCCAAUUUUAGAUCUUUUUGUAAAUAAGGAUUUUGAUUAUUUGCAAAUUUGGAGCAGUCUGUAUCAGAAAUUGUCUGUCUGAAAAAUGAAAAUAAAAAUUGUAAAACUUGAA